UACAAGGACAUGUCAUUGGAAUUGAUUUAGGCACAACUAAUAGUUGUGUGGCUAUUAUGGAAGGAAAAACACCACGUGUAAUUGAAAAUGCUGAAGGUGGUCGAACUACUCCGUCAGUAGUUGCUUUUACUAAAGAAGGUGAAUUACUAGUCGGAUUACCUGCUAAACGUCAGGAUUCUGAAGUACAAAAAGACAUUGGUCAUGUUCCAUAUAAAAUUGUUGAACAUUCAAAUGGUGACGCGUGGUUAGAAUCUCGAGGUAAAAGGUAUAGUCCUGCUCAGAUUGGUGGGUUCACCGUUGGUAAAAUGAAGGAAACAGCAGUCAUUACUGUACCAGCUUAUUUUAAUGACUCUCAACGUCAAGCCACAAAAGAUGCGGGUCAAAUCGCAGGUUUAAACGUACUCCGUGUUAUAAAUGAACCAACAGCUGCUGCGCUCGCUUACGGACUUGAUAAAUCUGGAAAUAAUAUUAUUGCUGUUUAUGAUUUGGGUGGUGGUACUUUUGAUAUUAGUAUUUUGGAGAUUCAUAAAGGAGUUUUCGAAGUCAAGUCAACCAACGGGAACACUCACUUGGGUGGUGAAGAUUUUGAUAGCAAAUUGGUUAAACAUAUAGUUGAUUCAUUCAAAAAAGAGGAAGGUGUUGAUUUAUCAGGUGAUCGCAUGGCAAUUCAACGUAUUCGCGAAGCAGCAGAGAAAGCUAAAAUUGAAUUAUCAUCAACACUUCAAACAGAUAUCAAUCUUCCAUUUAUUACCGCUACCAACACUGGCCCCAAACACAUCAGUAUGAAAUUGACUCGCGCGACUUUCGAAUCUUUGACGAAGGAUCUCAUUGAGAUGACUAUUCUACCUUGCAAACAGGCUCUCAAAGAUGCUGGCGUAGAAACAAGGGAAAUCAAUGAAGUAAUAUUAGUUGGUGGUAUGACGCGUGCGCCUAAAGUUAUAGAAGUGGUGAAAGCAUCGUUUAACCGCGAACCUACAAAGAGUGUAAAUCCUGAUGAAGCAGUAGCAAUCGGUGCUGCAGUUCAAGGUGGUGUACUUGCUGGUGAAGUUACUGAUAUAUUGUUAUUAGACGUUACUCCGUUAUCUCUGGGAAUCGAGACUCUUGGAGGCGUAUUUUCACGACUAAUCCAUCGAAAUACUACGAUCCCAACAAAGAAAUCACAAGUUUUCUCAACGGCUGCGGAUGGUCAGACAAAGGUUGAGAUUAAGGUAUACCAAGGUGAAAGGGAAUUAGUUAGUGGUAACAAGUUACUUGGCAACUUCCAAUUGGAUGGAAUUCCACCCUUGCCUAAAGGUGUUCCUCAAAUUGAAGUUACAUUUGAUAUCGAUGCCGAUGGUAUUGUAAAUGUUAGUGCGCAAGACAAGGCAACCGGAAAGGAUCAAUCCAUCACUAUUACUGCACAAUCUGGUUUGAAUAAGGAUGAGAUUGAAAAUAUGAUUCAUGAAGCCGAACGUCAUGCUGAGGCAGAUCGUGAAAAGAAAGAAUCUAUCGAAGCACUUAACCGUGCUGACGCUGUGAUUAGUGAUAUAGAGAAGAGUAUGACUGAAUUUAAAGAUCAAUUAGAUGCAACAGAAGCAGAAAAUAUCAAAUCACAGAUCCAGUCAUUGCGUGAUUUGACGACUAAAGCGCAAAGUGGUGAAGAUGUUAAAGCAGAUGAGAUUAGUGCUAAGAUUUCGGAAUUACAAAAUAGUAGUCUGAAAUUGUUUGAAAUGGCUUAUAAGAAGGCAAGAUUUUUUGUUCGGAGUGCGGACAAUCCGCCACCAGACUCAUCAGACGAUAACAAAGGUGAUAAAGAAAACAAAGAAUAG